CAUAUAAUAAUUAAAUCCCAUAUAUAAACCUUUUUUUUAAAAAAAUAUAAAUAAAUAAAAUGUCAAUUUAUGGAAAGGAGAAAUCAGCAAUGGCGGGAUUUAUUCCCCUCCUCGUCGCUACAAUAAUGGUAAUGAUGAUGUCCCUGCAGCAGCGAGGAGCAGAAAGCUACAGCAUCUGCAGCAUGACCGACGACGGCCUCAACGCCUGCAAGCCCUGGGUGACUCCGCCCGGUCCGGCCGAGCCGCCGUCCGCCGCCUGCUGCGCCGCCCUCUCCGCGGCGGACCUGCCGUGCCUGUGCCUGCAGAAGAGGAAUGACGCCGUGAUGCUGUCGCUCCUCGGGAUCGAUCCCGACCUCGCCAUGGCCCUCCCGCCCAAGUGCAACCUCCCCCUCCCCCUCAAUUGUUAGCUAGCUCCUUCUCUCGGUGACCGUCAGACCCCCCGAUACAAGGGCUUUAUGUUAAUUAAUUAUGUGUCUUUCUUUGUGGGUAAUUUAAUUGUUGUUGUUGUUGUUUUCUUCUUUAGUGCUAUUAUGUGUAAUGUAUGUGCCAUUUAGUGCCAAGUCAUUAGCUUGGAUGCAUUUGUGUUUGCUCAAGUUUUAAUUUGUGCUUAUUUAAUGUUAUCAUGUGGUGUGUUUGAGUCCAUGAAAUAUAUAUUGUAAUAGUCU